UCAACAUGGACCUUUUUAACAGUCAGCUUCAAGUCGAGAUAGAAAAGCGAUAUGGGGCACUGAGCGAGUCCCUACACGACUAUGUGAGCCCUCUGUCAAUACUAAUGAUGAAGAAAGGGCUGAUAGGACGGCAGGCAAUGCUAGAGAAGGACUACCACGCCAUGAUGAUGCAAUACAUGUCGGCCAUGGACCAGAUGGAGAGUGUCCCCCAAUUAGAGAGGCACUGUAAAAAGUUCCUGGUCAUACUAAAUAAUCUAGGACCCCUUCAGGCUCUGGAGGGAGAGAAACUCAUGAAGGCGUGGCAGAGGGCAAUGAAUAUAUACGGAUUUCCUCAUUUUCUUUGUAACGCUCCUUCUUCCCAACCUCAGCCUGUCUCUUCAUCUUCUAACACACAAUCACUUAGUUAUAUCAAAGCUUUAGAUAAAGGCAAGCGUCACAAAAGCAACUUGUCUACUACCGGAAAUAGACCCUAUAAUACAAAUCACUGGAUACUCGUAGCUUCAAUUUCAAGUCUCACUGUAUUACUGAGCAUAUUAGUACUAUACUAUGUCGAAGCAAAAGCAAGCAAUUCAGAAGGCUCUCCUUCAGACCUACCUUAUUAUACAGAAUCAGUUGUUUUAGAUGUCGACGUGACAGAAAGUCCUAAAUGCGUCUUAUCAUGUGACUCAACCCCUCGACUAAAAGAGAUGCUAACUGUUCUUGAGACACUCAUGGAUUGGAAGGAGUUUGGCAUUAAUUUGGGCAUUGAAUAUCACGAGAUUAAAAAAAUAAAGAAAGAAAAUAAAUUGAUCAACGACUCCAAAAUAAAACUGUAUAAUUAUUGGCUUAACGCCGACACUGCAGCUUCUUGGCAGAAAGUGAUAAAUGCUUUAGAGAGAAUGCAACUAAAGACACUAUCCUCUGAGAUAAGGAGAAAGUAUUGCAGUCAAACUUGCAACAGUGAUGCUGUUAAUUCUUAAAUUUUAUUAUCAUAAUCACUGUUAUUUAUAUCAUGAAGGGCGUGUCGGCUUGACCACGUUUAUAAACGUGGGCUCUUAAUUUCCGUUGGCUUGUGUUUGUACUUUGAAGAUUCGUUGUGUCAUCUCCAGUUUCAUGAUCAUGGCGGCGUUCCUACUGCUCUUGUUCUUUAGCACAGCCUCUGCCACAGCUAAAAGCUGUAUUGAAGGUCCAUCAAACUACACUAUCAUGCCUCCCUCUAGUGAAAUUGUCUGUAGUAAUGAAUCGAGCUGCCUCGACUUAAACCAGACGUGUAUCAAUAUUAAUAGCUCUAGUCUCACUGCUAAAAAGUUCAAUUAUCAUCUUGGUAUGCUCUUCGAAAAUGCUGUUAAAAGUGAUAGUUGCAGUGAAUUAAACGUUCUAGGAUUUGUGUACAUUUGUUGUUCAGAAACGGGUGCAAGUCUCUCUACUUGUACUUAUAGUUUUAUUGAGCACUGUGUUAAUCAUACGGCAAUAGGCAGAGCACAAGUCUUAUCGUGUGUUGAUAAGUUUUAUGGAUUUUGCGAGAAUGGUUCUAAUCCUUCUUGCAGAGAAGCGAUUGAAGAUGUCAUUGAUGAUGUAUUAAAGAAUAGAUUUGACUCACCAGUUGGCGAAGAAAUUUUAGCCAGUAUACUGGAGAAGGAGAAUGGGCUCAGGAAAUUCAAUGUGAUCAAAAGAGUUGUCUCUCUUUUACGGGGAAAGUCUCAAAGUGCGAAACAUGCUCAAAAGUUCUUGAAAGAAGCAGAGAAAGUCAUUGAAGCCUUUGAAAAUGAUAUUGCAAAAAGCUCUAGCAUGAUUGACUAUGAAGAUGUUAAAAACCUACUGUAUGCACUGGACAAUGCUUUUAAUGGCAGUCACAUCUCUCUUCUCUCAAGUAAUGAUGAAUAUUCUGGUCCUAAUUUAUUGAGUAAGCUCAAAAGACUCAGUAAAAUAUUUGGCAGAGCUAUACUUUAUGGCAGCGGGAGAAUAAAGAGCCACUUCAAUUUCAGUGGGAAUAACUUGGAUGUGAAGUUUAGGGUCAUAGACAAAGAAAUGAUAACAUUUGAGCAGAUAUAUGAAUCAGAAAAUGGUAGCAAAUCUGUCUUCAUUGAAGUCCCAAAGAAUGCACUGUGUUCACAAUCACAGUUACAAUUAUCAACUGAUGAUAAUUAUACUUAUACUUUUGAUGAAAUUGAUGAUAAAGACGAUAUACCUGAUAAGUUUAGAAAUUGUUUCACAGUUGAUUUUUCUAAAGGCUGUAGGCAAGUUUUAGUAGUAUAUCAUGCACACGAUAUUGAAAGAUCCUUUGAAGAAGCAUCAAACAAUAGAUCUACUCUAGUCAGUCUAGUAGUCUCAGUUCAAGCAAUAUCUGAUAAUACAGUGAACAUUUCUGAUACUGUUCAACUGAUGGAUAAUGUAUCAUUGAUAUUUAACAUUACUGAAUUUGAAAGCAAUGAAGAGCCUUUCUGUUGUUACUGGAAUGACUCGCUGCAGAACUGGUCCACUGAUGGCAUGACAACAACAAUACUAUCCAGUUCUCAAGUAUUGUGUACUAGCAACCACUUGACUAGUUUUGCUGUACUGGUUGAUCACUCUGGUGUUACUACUACUGAGCCCAGUGCUGAAGACACUGGAUUGGAAAUAAUUAGCUACAUUGGUGUUUCCAUUUCCAUUAUUUGUCUAAUACUCAGUAUCAUAUUACUCGUUGCUUUGAGAAAGCAGCUCCAGAAAGGUCCACUGUUGUACGUGCACAUUAACUUGUCACUUGCUUUACUGUUAGCAUUACUGGUGUUUGUUUUUGGGAUUGAAUUGCCAAGAUCUAUACCAUGGCUGUGUUCAGUUGUGGCUGGAUUGCUGCACUAUUUGUUCCUGUGUGUAUUCUGUUGGUCAUUAGCUGAAGGGAUUAUGCUGUAUAUAUUGAUAGUAAGAGUGUAUGGAUCACUAGCUGACAGAUGGUAUCUAUUACUACCUCUUGGAUGGGGUCUACCUAUUAUCAUUGUUGGUAUAUCUACUGGAAUAAAGCAUGAUCUUUAUGGUACUGAUGAUCAUUGUUGGCUAUCAACCAGUAAAGGAAUGAUAUGGUCAUUCAUUGGACCAAUGCUCCUCAUCAUAAUAAUCAAUACUAUAUUCCUAAUUAUGACACUUUAUCAUAUCAUAAAGUCCAGAAUGACUGGAGGAGCUGAAUACAACUUAAAGAAAAUUGAUUUUAUCAAGUCAUCAGUUAAAAGUGUUGUAGUACUGUUGCCUCUUCUUAGCAUAACAUGGAUUAUUGGUGUGUUCACUUUUAAUGAGCAAACAAAACUUUUCCAGUGGCUCUUUACAAUCUUUAAUUCCAUACAAGGCUGUGCUGUUUUAUACUUUCAUGUAUUGAGAAACAAGUUUAUAACUAACUGGGUUAAAGGGAGGCUGAGGAAUAAGUACAAAAUCAAGAAGCAAGAACCGAUAACUUCAUCAGCCACAAGUUCACCAUUAUGAGGCUUCAUCAUGUCUAAAUAUUAUGCUUAUGUGUAUUUAUAGCUUCAUCAUCCAAUAUGUGAAGUAUUUAGACAAUAAGUAUGUUGUGUAUGUAUACAAGUGCAUUGAUGUUUUUAAGUUGAUGUGUUUUUAAGGACAUUGUUUUUAAUUAUUUCUCGCUCCGUCAGUAGAGGAUGUGUUUUGUUUUUAAUUAUCUCCAACUCCGUCAGUAGACAGUCUGUUUGUUGUUCUUUAUGUAUGAUAAUUGACAUAUUUUUUUUUUGGAAUAACAAAACCAGUCAAACUUGUA